GUUGUGUGGCAAGAUACAACACAAAGGGUGUAAUUUUGUUUGAGUGCAGUAGAGCAGCUCGAUGCUUGAAGCGUUACACCACAAUUGCACCUAUACUCCCAUCAUGCCGAUACCAACAGCUCCGAGAUUAUCACUGUGUAGUAUCGCAUCACAUAGCGCGAGUGCUUGAGGGCACAUGCGUGCAUGCCAGUUUCUUUUACGCCAAAGACGCAUGAAUGAAGGCAAACUUUUGGCAUUUGAUUAAACGCUUUGUGAAAGGUUCGCUUCGCAUAGAUUCCAAGAUGUCUGUUGGAUCUGCAUAUUUUUUUUCCUUAUUUUUACUCUGGAAGGUGUACCAAAUUUUGAAUAAUGAUUUUCAUUUGCGGAAAGCUUCCAUCAGGGUGGGGUAUGGCCACUUCUUUUCGUUUUGUUUGAAUUUUAAUUGCAUACAUUACUUAUCGGGGAAAAAAAACACUUCCCUCUCCGGUUCCCGCUUUUUUCUCAGCAAAGGUGGUGGCCCUAUUGGCCACAUAUUGGUAAGUGAAAUGUCUAGCAGUUGACAAAAAAAUUAGUAGGGGGAAAAAAAAAAACUAGAAAAGAAUUAUAUUUGGUUUCGUGUGUCUUUUUCUUUAACUGCUGUGUUUUCUUUCUAAGAAACCCCUGUAGGUGCAGUUUCAGUGUUAGAAGAGAGAAAUAACAUUUAUUUCCACAAGUCAACACCACAGAAGGUGGUCUUCCUCUACAGCGCCUCUAUACGUCAGUCGGGAUCCCAAAGGACUCGGUGGCAGCGAGAGCUUGGCUGAUGAGUUCUCGUUGAUUCUUGCUGUCUGGAUUGCGUAGUAAGGCCUCCCAGGAUUCUUGGAAAAUCAUCACAAGCACAUGAACAUUGUUGUCGUGUUUCUGUGCCUCGUAACUGCGUUGUCCUGCUCAUCUGGCAGCUGUACUUUACUAUAUUGCUACAUACUUGCCCUUAUCCUUUUUUUUUUUUUAGACAGACAAGGAGCAGCCUCCUCCUAGCAGCGGGCACAAAUCAGUACUUGCUGGCCGCCAUGGUGAUGCACGCGGAUGCUGAUUCACAGUGCGACCUGAAGGCUGUGGUCGCUGUCAAGUCCACGUGGUUCUUUACUGUGGGCAUGUCCAAGUCAACUCAGGCAGGAGUACUUCAAUGGGGGGUCUCCAGGUCUACGCAGUGGGAAGAUCCAGCGGACUGCCAUAUUACUCCUUUGCUGGUGGAACAGCCAUUGCCAAAAAAAGUGGAAUCUCUAGCCCCAAGAAAUUCAAAGAGUUCUACCUGUGAAAUACAACAAGAUGCUAAACCUGCCACUGCAGCUGACCAUAUUUUCCAUGCAUCUCGGAGCAAAGAGGGACACUCUCCUAUCGUCGUCGUGGCAGGGUCAGCAAUUGUCACCUACGCCUGUGGAUGUUGUUUUCUUGAAUUUCACGAUUUAAGUGGCUUGACCUGCCAUGUACAGACGUGCUCGUGGCCGAAGCCAUAUUAUUGCAGCCUGUGUUCGCAACCUUGUGCAGACUGGAGUGCAACGCGUGCCCACCUCGCUACUCAUGUCGAGAAAAUGCCAAGAACAUGUCCAUUCUGCAAGUACACCCUCGACGGCAGCCACUCUUUGGCCAUGAGGCAUGUGCUGCGGCAUGUGGAUGUGAAGCAGUUCAUGUGCAACAUCUGUAAAUCUGCAUUCAUCAACGGGAAGGAUCUUCUCUCACACAUUCAGCGGUGCCACUUGAACGAGAGGACGUACAAAUGUGAUUCGUGUUCCAUCUCAUUUGCCGACAAACGCACUUUGCAAGUCCACGUUCGCCGGCACGCUGGUGAACGGCCAUACAAGUGCAACGUUUGCUCAGCCACAUUUGCCAACAGGCCAGCGGCUGCAAGUCACAUGCGCUGUCACAAGAAGGGUACGCCAUACUGUGCGGUGUGCUCCCGCAUGUUUGCCACGUGGUGUACUUAUUUCACUCAUGUGCGCUGUAAGCAUGGAGGUUGUGGUGGUAAUCCCUGAAGUGAGUGAACGGCUGCCAGGUAUAGUGUGUUUUUGACAUUCUCGGAAGCUGUGCGUGGCAUGUGCGUGUUACUUGGCACUAAUGGCUGCAGCAAGUGAAACUGCUAUGGCUUUACAACUUCUUCGAUACAGUGAGCUCACCUUGACAGUGACAAUUAUUCAGUGUUGUGCUUCUUUAUGUUCUAGUUGUCAUUACAAAGGAUAUGAAAAUGGCACUGUUUAUUGUGAACUGAUUUUUCCACGACUGAAUGCAGCUAUUUAGUAUGUGAUGCAGGCAUGGAAACCAUACUCGUAUGCAUAUUGCAAAGCCUGUGGCACCCUCUGGGGAAUAUGUAUUCACACAGCACUUUAAAGGGCCCCUCAGCAAGUCUGGCCAUUUUGAGCUCACAAGCACAGAGCAUACAAUGCGUGCUAAUGCAAAGAAUUACAUCGCUACGCGCCGCGGAAAGGUCUGAAAUUUCAAUCCGAACGCCAUUUUCCCUUUCCCUCACGGCAACCGUGCUUGAAGCCAGACGGUGACGUACUCGUGUCCGCAGUGUGACGUCGCUCAUGUCAACACGUCUUCGAUAAUUAUUCAAGGCAACGUCUGUUAUUUGUGUGAUCUGUUGCUUGAAUUGACGAAUUGAAGUUUAGAGAAAUAAUAAAACGCACAAACGGAAUGUCUGCACGUUUUUUUGUUUUACUUUGCACCGUAGCAAGAGAGAUGCACUUCUGCUUCUUCUGCUUGUUUCCACGGUUGUGCACUCACGUGCGCAGGUACCGAAACUGCCAUUUUCUACUGUGUUCCAGCGUGUGAUCAUGCUCUGCGAUCCGCUUGUUCUGCCUCAGUAUUCGUGGAGCACUGAAUUAUACCACUAGUAAUUUCCUUGUGCACAGCGUGCAAAAUUGUGUGCUGCGCAAAACAAGACCCGCGUGCAACGCUGUCAGCGGAAGUGCGCAGCGCUGUAAAAAAGUAAGGAGAAAAAGAAAUGAAGGCGGGGCCCGUGACGUAUGUGUCACACGAGCCUCGAGGUCCGGUAUCGGAGGACGCAGGGAAGGAAUUUCGCUUGUGGAGGCUAGACGGGGCGAGUGGAGAGUGUCUCGCUGUGCAGUGGAGCUCACCUUCUGAAAUCAUGGGUUGGCGGCACUGAAAUAUUUCUAUCUCGGUUAUUAAUGAGCCAAUUUGAAAAAUUUUUGCUGCAGAACAGUCCCUAGAGGACACACAACAUCCAGCCAAAUUCUUCUAUGGUGCCUGGUAAGAGGAUCUUUAAAGGUUAUGCUUUUCUAAGUUAUGCUUGUACAAUAUAAAAACAACUUCUCCUAGAGUGAUAAGAGGCUUGGUAAGCCAGAAAGUUUGCAAACUCCUCCUUUGUGAGGCCCUGAUAUUAGUCAAACCUUAAUAUGAUCGCUUAUUGGUUGUAACAAAGUUAAUCUAAAAUGUUCACCAAUAUCAGCCUGCAGCGAAAACAUCAUUAUAAUAUUGGACAUAAUGAAGAUAUUUACGUGCAAGCGAGAUGCAGCUUUGCUGCAACAAGGCUCAACUGUACAUGUAAUGCGUAUUAUAUUGACAAUAUAUCAUAUGCAAAUGUUAAAUUGAUUUUGCCCAAACAUGUGAUAAGGAAGAGAAUGUAAAAGGUAUAAUAAAAUCAAGUGUUGAAGCCCAACCGUUUGAUCCGCAGUCCUGCUUACAGAUGCAGUGGCAAGCAAGCAAAAGUGUGUGCAAACUGGGCAAGUUUGUCCGAGAAAAGGUACAAUUUGGUCCGACAGACCCAGUUUGUAUUUGGUAGUUGAAGCUUAAAGGGGCAGUUAAGGCAAUAUUAAGUCAGGCUAAAGUGCUCGAGAAUCUCUAAGGUGGCAAUAUUAUCAUGAACAGAGCCCUAAUAAUGAAGAAAUUGAGGUAAAUGCAGGACACUAUUGGAGACUCCCUGAGGACAUUCAAGUACUUACCCGACGACGAAAGCAUUCCUCAUUUAAAUUCUGCCAGUAGUAUUCAACCACUUAUUGCACAAAACAUCCUUGUAUUGCGAGACAAAAUAAAAUGCUACUUGUCCAGUUCUAUUUCA